AAAUAGCUCCCAUAUCCUCACAAUCUUUUCCUCCCUAUCCUUUCUUGUUUAAUUUGCUUCCCCUGUAUAUCUCCCCUGUUUCUGUACUCUGUCCUUGCUUUUGUGUUUUGCCCUUUUUUUAGCUACUUCCUCAGUGAAAGAUUUGGAAAGGAAAUAUGGCAGACAUUGAGACCAAGUCCUCCCAAAACCAGCCUUUGAAAACUCAAAAAAUUUUCAUUGGAGCCCAAAUCUUCCUGAGAAUUGUGGUAAUUGCUGCCUCAUUUACUUCAACAUGGCUUAUGCUCACCAACAAGCAAACCAUCGACAUUGGAGGAUUUGUACUGGACGCAAAUUAUAGCUACUCUCCAGAAUUCAAGUUUCUUUCUUACGCAAACAUUGUUGUUGGUGCCUUCUCUUUCCUGUCUUUAUUGUUUCUUGUUCUUGUUGGUCGUCGAAGCUCCAAUCCUACCUACUAUUUCAUCUUAUUCCUUCAUGAUUUGGCUCUGAUGUCUUUGGUCCUUGGUGGAUGUGCUGCUGCGACUGUAAUAGGUUCCUUGGGGAAGUAUGGGAAUAGCCACACUGGUUGGAUGCAAAUCUGUGAUCACUUUGGAAAAUUCUGUAAGAGAGCAACAACUUCUGUGGCUUUCUCUUACUUCUCCUUGGCUUGCUUGUUGAUUCUUACAAUCACCUCUGCAAGCAAAUCCAGGCAAAUUCAAGUUUAGAAAUUAAGUGCUUGCAGUUGAAUUGUCAGAAAUAGAAUGUGUAGACGGCAAAUUAUGCAGUAGAGGAACAACUUCUGUUACUUUGUCUUAUUUGUCAUUGGUUUGCUUGCUGAUGCUUACCACCACAUCUGCUAGCAAAUCUAGGCAAAUUCAGGUUUAGAAACUGGAAAAAAUGCAGUUGAGUUGUCAGAAAUAAAGUGUGAAUUAAAAAGGGUUCCAAUGAGUAAACGUGUAGCUACACCAAACUUUCUAAUGAAUGCUUUAAUCUAUUAAAAGAUAACAUUUCUCCCA